AUGUCACGGAAUCAUCCGAGUUUGAACGAUUGUUUGCAGUCGACACCCCCAGAGCUCAACGUUCUUACAGCCAUACUAGUCAGAUUCAGACUCAAACAGUACGCCGUAGUCACCGACAUAGAGAAGGCUUUUCUUCACAUUGGAUUACACGAAAAUGACCGAGACAUGACGAGAUUUCUUUGGCUUUCAGACCCAACCAAUCCAGAGAGUGCACUAAAGACAUAUCGGUUUAAAUCUGUACUUUUUGGCGCGGUAUGUUCUCCAUUCAUUUUGAACGCAACACUCUUGAAACAUCUACAGAGAAACGCAAAUACAUGGGUCAGUAAUAGACUACAGAGUGACUUAUAUGUAGACAACUUCUUAUCCAGCCUUGACAAAGAAACAGAUGUCAUCAGUUACUUCCAUCAAUCACGUGAUCUCAUGUCAGAAGCAGGAUUCACACUUAGGUCAUGGAAUUCUAACAGUCACAAACUGAGAGAUACAGCGAGACAACUUAACAUUCUAGACAAAGACGAAGUUACCAAACUAUUAGGAUUACGCUGGGAACCAGAGACAGAUAUCAUGACAUACCCAGAAAGACCAAUAGAGACAACCGCAAUUACGACCAAGAGAUAUAUACUGCAGAGCACAUCCCGGAUUUACGAUCCACUUGGUUUUCUAACCCCAAUCACAGUGAAAGUCAAGAUAUUACUUCAAGAUAUUUGGAAAAACAAGUUCGAUUGGGACACAAUGCUACCAAGAUCCUACCAACAGAGGUGGUUACAGAUAGCAACAGACUUGAACACAGCAAUGAAAGCCCUAUUCCAGAGAUAUUACUUUGCCGAAACAGACGACAAUCAAGAUGCAGCAGACGACACAAAACUUCAUAUAUUCGUCGACGCAAGCACUCAGUCUUACGGUGCAACAGCCUAUAUUUGCAGAAGAAAUCACUCAUCAUUAGUAAUGGCUAAGAACAGAGUCACACCAUUGAAACCCCUCACCCUACCAAAACUUGAACUUAUGGCGGCUGUCAUAGGAGCUGGACUUUCCCAACAUCUACAAAAAGCACUAGGAAUAGAAAAGAUAGAUUACUGGUCAGAUAGCCAGAUUGUUUCACACUGGUUGAGUAACCCGGAAAAAAACAACCGAUUUAUACGGAGACGAGUUGAAGAAAUAAAAAAUCAGACCGGAACCGGAAGCCAAUACCAUGACAACAAACUAUGGUUUACAGGUCCGCCUUGGUUAACCGACGAGAUAAAGUGGCCAAAAUGUAAAGUUCAAGACACCACUGUGCUAUCUACAAUACAACCCGAAGAUGACCAGCAUACCCGUAUUUCGCGACAACCAGCACCCCAGAUUCCAGAUACGAUUGACGUAAGCAGAUUCAACAAUCUUCAGAAGCUACUUCGAGUUACGGCCUACGUCAGAAGAUUUAUUGACAACUGUAGAACACAACACCAAGAUAGAAUGGUUGAAGCUUUCACUGUUACGGAGCUAAGAGAAGCAGAAAUGAACUUGAUUCGACAGUGUCAGUCUACAGUCUACACUGAAGUUAUUGAAAACCUUCGAUCUGUAAAAUCACGACUACCGCUGGUACGACAAUUACGACUUUACAUUGAUAGAGAAGGCUACAAUCAGAUGUGGAGGUCCUAUACACAAUGCACCCCUUGA